CUGGGAGGAGCUGAGAGCUGAGCGGCAGUGCCAGGAUGCUGCCUCUGUCAGUGCCCACAUUCGGCUGGCUCCUGAGUCCCAUCACAUCCUUCUUGCUCAGCGACGGGGUGCACAGGAUGGCAACUGCUCUCCCCCACUGGAGAUAGCGCAUGCGUGCGGCAUGGUUUCUUAGAGUUGUGGCUGGAGAACAUUGCAGCACGCCUUCUCAGACCUUCGGUAGCCAACUUGAAGGGCAAAGAGCACUCAUGCCCAGAAGGCACAGAACCAUGGAAGGACAAGGGGUAGGCCGGGCCCUCGGGCUCUUCCGAAACUGGUUGCCUCGACCCAGAGCAGGACCUUCACAGAACAAUCUUGGGGAAGCAGUAACAGAACCAGAAAGGACCCAGGAUUACUCUCUGCCCAGCUUUGCUGGGGGGCAGCACUUCUUUGAAUACCUUUUGGUAGUUUCUCUUAAAAAAAAACAUUCAGGAGAUGACUAUGAACCCACUAUCACCUACCAAUUUCCCAAGCGAGAAAACCUGCUUCGAGGCCAGCAGGAGGAGGAGGAGCGGCUGCUUAAAGCCAUCCCUUUGUUCUGCUUCCCAGAUGGGAAUGAGUGGGCACCGCGCACUGAGUAUCCAAGGGAGACCUUCUCCUUUGUUCUGACCAAUGUGGAUGGCAGCAGGAAGAUUGGAUACUGCAGGCGCCUCUUGCCUGCUGGCCCAGGCCCCCGCCUUCCCAAGGUGUACUGCAUCAUCAGCUGCGUCGGCUGCUUCGGCUUGUUCUCCAAGAUCCUGGAUGAAGUAGAGAAGAGGCAUCAAAUCUCCAUGGCUAUCAUUUACCCAUUCAUGCAGGGGCUCCGAGAGGCAGCCUUCCCUGCACCCGGAAAGACCGUCACCCUCAAAAGCUUUAUUCCCGACUCAGGCACAGAGUUCAUCUCAUUGACACGACCCCUGGACUCUCACCUUGAGCAUGUGGAUUUUAGUUCUCUAUUGCGCUGUCUCCAUUUUGAACAGAUUAUUCAGAUAUUUGCUUCUGCGGUGCUGGAAAGAAAAAUCAUCUUCCUGGCAGAAGGUCUGAGUACUCUGUCUCAGUGCAUCCACGCUGCUGCGGCGCUGCUCUACCCCUUCAGCUGGGCACACACCUACAUCCCAGUUGUCCCCGAGAGCCUUCUGGCCACUGUCUGCUGCCCCACUCCCUUCAUGGUUGGAGUACAAACGCGCUUCCUGCAAGAGGUCAUGGACAGCCCCAUGGAAGAGGUCCUGUUGGUGAAUCUUUGUGAAGGAACCUUCUUAUUGUCAGUUGGUGAUGAAAAAGACAUUAUCCCACCGAAACUUCAGGAUGACAUCUUAGACUCUCUUGGUCAGGGAAUCAAUGAGCGAAUGACUUCAGAACAAGUCAACGAGCAUGUUUCAGGUCCUUUUGUAAAGUUCUUUGUCAAGACAGUGGGCCACUAUGCUUCCUACAUCAAGCGGGACGCUAAUGGACAAGGCCACUUCCAAGAACGGCCCUUCUGUAAGGCUCUAACCUCCAAGACAAACCGCCGGUUUGUGAAAAAGUUUGUGAAGACACAACUCUUUUCCCUGUUCAUCCAGGAGGCCGAGAAGAGCAGGAAUCCUCCUGCAGGUACAGAGGUCACCUCUAGGAUGAAGAGGUCUGGGACAGAAUAUCUCUGCAGUGGCUCACAGAACAGGUGUAAAUUAUACUAGUGGGGUGGAAAGGAAGGAGCCUGAACCAUAAGAAAAUAUCUGAGGAAGAUAGUUUGUAAAAAUAAUUUUAUUUUUUCACCAAUCAGCUGGACAGGGCACUUUUGUUUUAUUUUAGAGCUAAUUCUUGCUAUUGCUUGUAGGCCUCCUUUUUUGUGCCAAACUGAAUACUAUGAGUGCCAGGAAUCCUGGUCACACACACACACACACACACACAGGUGGUGGUGGUGGUAGAGAGAAUGGACUAUAGAAUAUAUUUUUCUAUUUUUUCUAUUCUUUUUGGAAACAGGGUUUCAUUAUGUUGCUCCAGCUGGCUUCAAGGUUAGGAUUCUUCUGCCUCAGUCUCCCAAGUGCUAGGAUUAUGGACAAGGGCCACCACUCCCAGUCCGUUGACUUUUUUGCAUGUGUGUGUAUGCAUGUCCAUAUGCACCUGGGUGCAGGUGUGUAUGUGUGUGUGGAAGCCAGUUAAUGUUGGAUGUCUUCCUCAAUUGCUCUCCACCUUAGUUUUUGAGCCAGGAUCCUGUUACUGGACUUAGCAAUCCACUCGACUAGCUAGCCAGCAAGACCUGGGGAUCAUCCUGUGCCUGCGCCAAGCCAGUUUAGGUGCCACUAACAUCUGUACU